UGAAAUCUGGCUUAGUGCUCCAGCUACCGAAACAGAAACUGAGAAAAGACGUUAUGUGAAAGAACGUGGUUCUACUAUUAAUUUCCCAUUUCAACUGACCGCGAUGACCCGAAGAAGAGAACCUGGAAAGUUUAAAAGCCCGCCUGAUCCCCAGGUCCCAGAAGACAUCUUACAAGAAUAUUUUAUUAGCGAAUGCAAAACAUUCCGAGCAUUUGGGAAUUCACAACUUGAAGUUCAAGAUUCGUAUUCUACUCGAAAGCCCGACUUUGUAUUCAUUGCAAAAGGGGAUCCUCUAAAUACAUUACAUGUCAUCGACGUUGGCGAAAUAAGGAAACGGUCAGGGGUUGAUUUUGCAAAUGCCGAUGUAGGACACGCAGUGUCAUUUGGUGAAAAG